AUGCACGGACGCUACGUGCCGCAGGAAGUGCUUGGCACAGGAACUUACGGAAGGGUGUUGCGCUGCAGUGACACACACACUGGCAAACAGGUCGCAGUGAAGGUCGCGCAGCGAGACGUUGCCUACCGUCGCUCUGCGUUGAAUGAGAUCCGUGUUUUACGGCUUCUUUCCCACAGCGAGGACACUCUGAAAAUGCUUGACUUUUUCGAGGAUGAGGGCCACCUUUGCAUCGUUUCCGAACUGCUUCGCACAGAUUUGUAUGAGGUGCUACGCAAGAAUGGGUUUAAGCCACUUCCAUUAGAGAGUGUGCGUAUUGCUGGCGAGCGCGUCCUCCGGGCCCUGGCGGAGCUGCAUAAGUUGGGUUACAUGCACUGUGACAUCAAACCGGCGAAUGUCAUGCUUGGCUACAGUAAUGCAGACGACAACAAUGUGACUGACUGCACUAAGGCGUGCCUCAUUGAUUUUGGGGCGGUGCGGCAGUUUCACGAGAAUACCUACUACGACGUCCAAUCACUUUGGUACCGCGCUCCAGAGGUGAUUUUGGGGGUCCCCUAUACGGUUCAUAUCGACUCUUGGAGUGUUGGUUGUCUCCUUUUUGAACUCUACACAGGGAAGCCGCUUUUUUCUGGCGAGAAUCCGCGGGAACAGAUGGUCAGCAUUAUGUGCACUCUUGGAAUGCCCUCGAUGGAAGCCUUGUCAGGUGGGGCUAAUGUGGAUAAGCUGCAGCUGCCACCUGUGUGGAUGGAUGCGAAUGCGGAGGCCAAUCUUCGCCAUCUCAUUAUGAACUACCGCUGCAAAUUCAGUGGGUUUCAGCAAUCGUAUCCGUCAGCCGGGGAGGAGGCGGCUUUUGUGAACCUGCUAUGCUCCCUCCUACAACCUGAUGUAAGAUGGCGGCUGUCAUGCGCAGAUGCGCUGCAUCACGCCUUUUUCAAUCCUCGCUGCCUCAGUCGGGGCACCGCCGCGGCUGCCAAUUUUUCGCUUCCCAGCUCUAAUAACAAAGGUUUGUAUUCAUCAUGUGAUUCUAACUUUGGAGGGGGUUUAUCGGCUACUGGAAGCGAUAUCUUUGGCUUGAGCUGCUACGAACAUCUCGUGCCUCAGCCCACACCGACGCAGACACUACCACACUCGGAUUCUACGCCCAUCAUGUCUGCAAGUUGCAACUCCAUUUCCUUCGUGGGUUUGGUUGGCAGCCCGCCAGGGGUGGUGUUUCCCGCCCCGCUGCCAGCGACGUCGCCCCAGAGGAGGACCUCGGCCUCCCAUGUUCUUCUUCAAAAUGUGAUGUAUCCGCCCCCACCCAUGACGCUCAUACAACCCGUCCCUUUCCACUCCCAACAGCCUCAACAAGUUAUGCAACAACCGCAGCAAAUGGGGGGAAACGUUAUUCCCAUGCUGAGUUCGCCCCCAGGACAUCCCCAGUUCCUUCCAGCGCAUGUACUACCCGACUGCCAAGGGCAUAAGUGGGAUCCAGUGACGCUUCAGUCACAGCAACACCUUACGCCGGCGGAGAUGCCUAUGAUGCAUUGC